ACAGCGCCGGAACAUUUGAAACAUGAGUUGUUCUUAAAAAGACUUAGAGAGAAACUGCCUUUAAAGCGGACGGCGAGCUCCGACUGCUCCAAGUGUAUCUGCUUCAGGCAAUCAAUGAGGACCGCGAUGCUUACUUCUGCAGCUCUCUGUCCCUCUUUCUCUCCUUCGCCUUACCAGAUAUUAUAGUGCAUUGCAACUUUUGUACAGGCAUACAGGCAAGGGGAAGUUUUGAUCCAUUUUUUUUAUCACAAUUUACCUGUUGUUUCCUGUAAUAAAUAUGAGACGUCGGUUUGUUGUCACUUUUAUUUGGAAUUUAAUAUGUGGCAUUUCUUAUGCUGUUUUACGGGUAGGAUAAGGAAACAACAAAAAGGUGUGACAAGAGCUUGGCGGACAACUGUGGAUUUCUGCGAGUAACUCCUACCGUCCAAAGGGGAUGAGGGGGGCAUCGGCCGGACCCCCCUCUUGAUUGAUUACUUAUUAGUCAUCCCUUUGGCUAAAUGGGACCAACUGAAAAGGCACCGUGGAACACAUACAUGAAUCAAAUAUUCCUGUGUCCCCUGAAUGUCUCCAGAGUAGUUUUGCUUAAGAGAGGGGGUCGUGGCUUAGCAUUAUAAAGAGGGGAAAACAGCAUAGCUUUAUGGGUUUAUUUAGACAGUUUCUACGGUUUGACAUUCUACCGCUGUAAAAAGAGAGAAGGAAAAACUCGAAAGGAUUUCCAAAAAGGAGAACAUUGUGGACAUAACAUUUUUUUGUAGUUAUUCCGUUGUUUAUUUCAUUUUUUUCUCUUCUUUUAAAUAUUUUUGUUGCUAUUUCCUCUCCCGAAAAAUGAAACUUUGGACAUCUCCCUGGGUGUCUUGCCUGGUGAUUCUCAUCUUGUGUUUCGGAUCAGAGUGCGGGACAGUCCGGAGAAAGGGGAGAUCCAAGAGGGAGUUGGUGCGCAUUAGUGAGGCGAAAGCCACCAUCCCAGGGGCUUGUGCCACACGUCUGCCCCGGGGCAAACGCUCUUUGCCCGGCUUAGAGCGACGGGUGAUUCGCCAGCGUCGGCGCUCCUCUCAGGCGGAGGAAAACUCUCCAGACCGGGGGAAAGCUGUCUAUUUUACCGGCAGGGGAGAUCAGCUACGACUGAAGCCUGGCGUGGAGAUACCCAGAGGAAAUUUCACUCUGGAGAUGUGGAUCAAACCGGAGGGAGGUCAACGAUCACCCACAGUGAUUGCAGGUCUGUACGACAAAUGUUUCUACGCCUCCAGUGAUCGAGGCUGGCUGCUUGGCAUCCAGGCGGUUAGUGAACACGGGAAUCGUGACCCCCGCUUCUUCUUCUCCCUUAAAACUGACCGUGCCCACAAAGUGACCUCCAUCCACUCCAAUGCUCGCUAUGUACCCAACCAAUGGGCACAUGUGGCCGUCACAUAUGAUGGCGUGUACAUGAAGCUCUUUGUCAAUGGCGCCCAAGUCGGCGUCAGUCGGGAGCAAUCGGGCGAUGUCUUCAGCCAUUUGACCAAAAAGUGCAAAGUGCUGAUGAUUGGGGGGAAUGCACUGAAUCAUAAUUACAGGGGGGCAGUGGAGAGAGUGGGUUUAUGGAGGCAGGCCAGAGGGCAGAGGCAGAUUGUCAGGGAUAUGCAGGGCCAUGAGGACCCCCAAGAUCUACCUCAGCUGGUCAUACGUGAAACAUUCGAGCACCCAGGUCGGAAGUGGCUGACUGUAAAAGAUGGUAGCUUUCCUCAGCCUGAGCAGGGGGUAGGUGGACGAUUAGGGUUUCUGGGUGGUGGUGGAGUUGUUAUUUCUGAGGGAUUAUUAGACACAACGCUGGACCCACCAACUUGUGGUCAAACUGUCUGUGACAAUGUUGAGGUCAUCAAAAACUACAACAAUCUUUGGACCUUCCGUCGGCCCAAGAAAGUACGAUAUCGUGUUAUAAAUGUUUGGGACGAUGCACGGAUGAGGCCAACUGUAUCAGACCACCAGAUCAGCCUGCAGCACCAGCAGCUAAAUGAUGCCUUUAGUCCCUACAACAUCACCUGGGAGCUAAGCAUUCACAACGUGUCCAAUUCUUCCCUUCGAAGCCGUUUGAUUCUAGCUAACUGUGAUAUCAGCAAAGUUGGCGAUGAUGCAUGUGACCCAGAAUGCAACCAUCCACUGACAGGGUUCGAUGCAGGUGACUGCAUGUCUGGGCAUCGGAGCCGUUGCCCUGAGCACAAGCAGGGGAAUGGGGUAUGUGACCCUGAAUGUAACUGGGAGAACUUCUUCUAUGACCUUGGUGACUGCUGCAACCCCAAUGUGACGGAUGUGACCAAAACAUGCUUCAACCGCUCGUCUCCACACAAAGCCUAUUUGGAUGUCAAAGAGCUGAAAGAGAUUUUGCAUUUGGAUGGCUCGACUCACCUGAAUGUCUUCUUUGCCAAUUCUUCUGAUGAAGAUCUGGCAGGGGUUGCCACUUGGCCCUGGGACAAAGAGGCCCUCACACAUUUGGGUGGCAUUGUGCUGAAUCCUUCCUUCUAUGGUACAUUUGGUCACACUGAUACAAUGGUCCAUGAGAUCGGCCACAGUCUUGGGCUUUAUCACGUAUUUCGAGGUAUAUCAGAGAUCGAGUCGUGUAAUGAUGCAUGUUUAGAGACUGAGCCCUCAAUGGAGACUGGUGAUCUGUGUGCGGACACCAACCCCACUCCCAAAUACAAAGGCUGCCACGAUCCUGAACCGGGCAACGAAACCUGUGGAUGUCGGCAUUUCACACACACACCGUUUAACAACUACAUGAGUUAUGCAGAUGAUGCCUGUACAGACUCCUUCACGCUGAACCAGGUUGCCAGGAUGCACUGCUACCUGGAUCUCAUCUACCAGACCUGGCAACCCGCCUCUAAACCUCCUCCAGUGCCAAUGUCACCCCAAGUGGUUGAGCAGCAUCAUAAUUCCAUCACCCUGGAAUGGUUUCCACCGAUUUCUGGACACUUUUACGACAGAGAAGUGGGAUCAGUGUGUGAUAAAUGCACUGAGGGGAGAGUUCUACUGCAGUAUGCCACCAACUCCUCCUCCCCACGGCCGUGUGCCCCUUCUGGACACUGGUCCCCACGAGAGGCUGAAGGCCCUCCAGAUGUGGAGCAGGCUUGUGAGCCAAGUGUGCGCACCUGGAGCCCCAAUGCAGGGAUUGAGCAAGGUGUUGUCGGCCUGUCGGAGUGCCCUCUCCAGGGCUGCAUGCUUCAACUAGAGUUCCCCUACCCGCUGAUACCAGACUCCCUGACUGUGUGGGUCACCUUCUUCAGCCCCGAGGAAACAGCACUGCCAGCUAUCCAUAACAUCUUACUACUGACUGUUAGUGGGAACAACAUUUCAUUGGGUCCCAGUAAUGUCUUCUGUGACACCCCACUGACUUUAAAGUUGGACAUAGAGGAAGAGGUGUAUGGGGUACAGUUUUUUACUAUGGAACAACACCUAGAGAUUGAUGCCACCCUCUUGGCAUCCAAGCCAGACUGCAUACUUUGUAGGCAUUGCCAACCAUUACGCUACCGCCUGUUGCGCCAACCACCCUUCACCCAUGCACCACACGGUCUAAGGUUGAAUGAACCUACCCGCCGAUAUACAGACAGGGAUGUGGCGCCACAUGUUGUGUACACCUACCAGGUCCAAACAAUCUCCAGCCGGAGUGAAAGUGAGCCUUCCCCACCUCUGGUACACGAUCUGGGGGCACCCUACUGUGGGGAUGGACGGAUCCAGAGUUCCAAAGGAGAGGAAUGUGAUGAUAUGAACUCUAUGAAUGGGGAUGGCUGCUCCACUCAGUGCAAGAAAGAGCCCUUCUUCAACUGUGUUGAGGAACCAAGCACGUGUUACUACUAUGAUGGCGAUGGGGUGUGUGAGGACUUUGAGCGAGAGACGGGCGUGAGAGACUGUGGCCUUUACACCCCCAAUGGUUUCCUUGACCAGUGGGCCUCCACUGUCGAAGUUUCCCACGAGGAGAAGCCCUACUGCUCUGGUGAGGUAGCUGCCGGAUACCCUGCUGUUACUAAGACUUGUCAGUCCAAGGUGUUUGAUCUAUCAGAUGGAGUGUCCCAGUAUGCAUGGUUCCCCUGUAGUGAGGCUCAUGAGCCAACCUGGGGAUACCCUAACUAUUGGCUCAAGGCCCACUUUUCUCAUCCCAUGGUGGCAGCAGCAGUGAUUAUACAUCUGGCUGCUGAUGGUACUGGCUACCUUGACCAGACUCAGUGUAACAUCACUGUUCAGCUGGUGGACACCAAGGAGGGCAUCCAUAGUCUAGGCGAGUGGCGUCUCAGCUGCCGCACCAACCCUUUGGUGAUCCCAGUGAGCCAUGACCUGUCAGUGGCCUUCUACCACACCAAGGCUAUCCUGGUCAUGUUUGCCUCUCGCCUUGUGGCCCUCUCCGGAGUAGGCCUGCGCUCCUUCCAGUCCUUCGACCCUAUCACGAUAAGUGGUUGCCAAAGCAAUGAGAUCUACAACCCCACAGGCCAAAGUUGUGUACAUUAUUCGUGCGAAGCCAUCGACUGCCAGGAACCCUUAAUCCGCAAUGCAGAGCUCAAGUGCAGUAGCCCUGGCCGCCACUUCUACAAUGGAGACCGCUGCACCAUCUACUGCAACUCUGGAUAUGUCCUGCAAAUCCACCAGGAUGAUGACAUCAUCAAAAGCCAGUCGGACUCUUCAGUGACUAUAACCUGUGCAAAUGGGAAGUGGAACAAACAGGUGUCAUGUGAGCCUGUUGACUGUGGUCUGCCAGACAAAUACCAUGUUCAUCCUGCCCAUUUCAACUUCCCUGAGGGCACCACCUACGGCAAAAAGAGCACCUUUCAGUGUCGAGAACCUGCCCAGCUCGUAGGUACAAACAACACUCUUACCUGCCUAGAAGACGGCCUCUGGUCCUUCCCGGAGGCUCUUUGUGAGCUUCGCUGCCCAGCCCCUCCUCCUGUACCCAAUGCUGUGCUGCAGACCAAGCGCUGCAACGAGACAGGCCUCAAUGUGGGCACCCUCUGCAAGUACAAGUGCAAGCCAGGCUACCAUGUCACCAACAAACCUAAGAGGCGUUCAUUUAGGCGCCAGUGCACAGAGGAUGGCAGCUGGCUAGAGGGGGCAUGCGAGCCAGUGACUUGUGAUCCACCACCUCCAAUCUUCCACGGCUCCUAUCACUGUACUGAUGGCUUCCACUUUGACAGUGUCUGCAGACUCAACUGCUCUGAUCCUGCCGGUAAUACUGCUAACGCCGCCACAGGAGGCUCUGCCCAUACGGUGAGGAUGCUGCACGCUCCGUGCAAGCAGGGUGCAGGGUCCAAUGUGAUCCGCUGUAGAAAGGAUGGAAACUGGACAGGGUCGUUCCGCCUAUGCCAACACAGCAAAGGCCAGUGUUCUUUACCUCAAAACCUCCAUUAUAGCCUACAGUACUCAUGCAAGCGAGGACACGGCAUAGGUGAGGAGUGUGAGUUGACGUGCAGAGAGGGUAACAGCGACGUGGUGAUCCUCCCAAGCAACAUGACCGUAGAAAGUGUACUUAAAGAACACUGGAGGAACCCGCACAAAGUCAAGAGUAUAGUCUGUACAAUGGGACUGAAAUGGUAUCCACACCCAGAAUUGCUCCACUGUAUCAAAGGAUGUGAGCCAUUCAUGGGAGACAACUACUGUGAUUCAGUCAACAACAGAGCCUUCUGUAACUAUGACGGAGGAGACUGCUGCCAAUCCACUGUCAAGACCAAGAAGGUGAUUCCAUUCCCCAUGUCUUGUGACAUACGGGAUGAGUGCUCCUGUCGGGAUCUGAAUGCUAUAGAGAACAGAAAGGAUGAACAUGUCUAUUCCCUGGGGUGACCAACCUGAGGAGGGACCUCUGUUCAGCGUCCCAGGACCCUUGCUCCAACACGACACAGCCAGAGUGGCUGAGGCAGACCCCUCCUUCAUCCUCCUCUCGGCCUCCAAUUUCCUGCCUGCUGCUUAACAGGCAUACCUCUCCAUUCAUACUGCAACCCCAACCAGUUGAAAUGCCUCUGCCUCCACAUCACAGAAAGAUCUAGAACAGAGGAUGAGACUCAUGAGACUCCACAGAAAACUUCAUUUCUCAGCUAAAAGGAAAGUAACCCUGCAAUAUCAUUUAAAAAAAACAUAUAUAGUAAGGAGAAGAAAAAAAACAUGAAGCAGACUUUUUUUUUUUCAAGAAGAAAACAAACAAAACCUAAACAAAAACAUAACCAAGCCUAGGUAGCAUGCCUUUUGUUCAGUUUUGUGCUGGCUUUGGUGUCUAUUUUAGUGACCUUGCUCUACAAUCACAUGAUUGAACCAAAAGUAAAUCAAAAUGUGCAAGUGGGGGAUUAUGUUGAUGUUGGCUCUGUGUUUUGCAAAUAUGAAGGAAAUCAAGACAAAUGUUAAAAAAUAAUCCUCAGACACUUUGAAGGCAUGUUCAACAUUUUUUCUGGAUGGCUAGACGAUUGUGCUUAUAUCAUUCCUGGUCUCAUACUGGUCAGACAUCCUGAAUCUCGAUGUCCUUUUCAGUAAUGUGUUUCUUCAUAGGCACAUCAGAGGCUAUAGAGGUUAUUCCUAGCUUGGUGAGGAAUGAGACAGCCAUAUUGUUUUAAGCCACAAAUUCAACACAAAAGCCAAAAUAAAAUGCACAUAAACACACACAAAAAAUGGCAACUAAUUGUUGACCAACCACACACACAAUUUCCUAAGACAAUUUUAUACUUAGAUCAAAAUCCUGAAUGCAUAAUUAAAGCAUUUUUAGCAUGGCUUCUGCUACUGUGUUUGCUGCUACUUGCCAUCUUCAUAUCAUCAUAUCUAAUAGGGGUAGACAGCUUUGUCUGCCUUGCUGCUUACAGUAUCUCUUUAUAGCAUUCAUUCACACUUGCAUGUUAGUCCAUAAUACUUUCAGAGAAUACAUGUUGAAAACACCACAUAUGAAAUGCACUAUGAACCUUAAAAAACCCAGAACCUCACAUGUCAUUCCCGUUUAACCCAACUGCUCAAGAAAAAUACUACAUACAUUGACCACAACUUAAAGAAUGUCAUUGUUAACACCUCACUUCGGCUUGGGGUGAUUUUAGUUUCAGUUUGAACUACUCCCUCAUAGUGCUUAAUCAGAACUUUGUUACCUCAAGCACAGAUUCAAAAAUGUUUAAACUGAAAAUAAAAUGACCCCAGCCCUGUUCAGAAUGUAGUCAAUGCUUGUCAGGAGUCUGUGGCUUUUUGGAUCGCACAGUACUGCACAGCAAAGUCACGCAAGAGUACAGCAUUAAAGGGUUGGAUACAGGCCAUAGCUCUUAGUGAGAAUCAGUAUUGGAGGAAGGAGACCACAUCUGACACACAUAUCUCUCAUUCUCUCCCCUCCCAGUAGUAUUGGACCCUCAGCUGUAGCUCUGCAGGCAACAAUGCUAUACAUGAAAAUGACAUUUGGAUGUAUAUGUCAACACAGCACUUGCAGUCACAAUAUGAUCAAAGGUCCCUGAGAUUCUCUGCUGGUCUAGUGUUUAAGUAAUUAAUUUAACCGUUACAUUUGUCUCUGCAGUAAAAAGUGCCCAUGGUUGUUCUGAUCAGCACUUUUCAGUAUUGUGAACUCGGGUGUCCGUCCCCACCAAUUAACUUCAGUAGAUUAUAUGGCUGCUACAAUAGAUUUGUAUUUUGUUAUUCUUCAUUCCAGACACAUGUACACUAGUUUUUUUUUUUUCAUGCACAUUUGACAAUUAAGGCUGCGUGGCAUAUUUGCCUAAAAUUAGCUGUUCUUAGUCAGCUGCAAACAUAGUUGUGGUUACAAUCAGCAUGAUUACGACUUUUCAUUUAAUUUGGGCCAAUGGCACAGUCCCUCAGACUCAUAUUAGGCUGCUAUAGCAUUCCAGAUCAUCAAGUGGCAAUGUAAGAGUUAUUUCAUUCAAUUUCAAUUUCAAUUUCAACUUCAUGUCAUUUUAAAACCAAUAUUAGUGAAGAACUACAACAACAUGCAGAGAACAUGAAGGUAUUAUUUUCCACCAAAUAAUAAUAAAGAAAAAUCAAAAAUAUCAUGUAAAUAUUAUUAUGUUCUUGAUGGACAAGAGUGUUGAAAAAGUUUUUUUUGUUUUUGUUUUCAUGUAUUUCAUUUUUACAAACUGUCAUAUUUAAUCAGUGUUUGUAUUAUUGACCUCAGUUACUGCACUUUUUUAGUUUCCAUGUAAGAAGAAAAAGUAUAUCUUUCAAAAAUGUUAGAAGCUGCUAUUGUCAGAAUGGUGAUCUGAAACAAACUGUAUGUUAUAUUCGGUCGUUUGACUCCCUGUGUUGCUAUUAGCUUUCCUGUCAUUAGUGUUUUAUUUGUUUCUGAACAUAUACUCCUCUCCAACCUAAACUGACUUUGCAUUAGAGGUUAUCAAUGAAGUAGGGAGGUAUUGUCACUAUAAACCAUGUAUCCAUCCAUUCCCCCAAAAGAAAAAUAGGUUACACAUCAACACAACGCAAAUUAGUUGCCCUGAUGUGUGUAGUACAUCAUCUUAGGUUAAAGAUGUACAUUUUGGCAGAGAAACCAAGAGAUGUCAAAGGGGAGGGGAAAGCUUAAAUGAAGGAAUUCCCAUUAUAACUCUAUGACUCUUGAGAGACUGUAACUUUUAUGAAAUAUGAAACUUCGUUAGGAUGUUGUGAAGGCUACAUCUUUACGAAGAUUGCAUUUAACACUUGAUAUGAAAACAUAUAUAGCCCUUGUAAAAAAAAAAAGACUUGUAUUAUGUUGAUAUUAUCAAAUUAUACGUAAUAUUAGCACUCCAGAUACUGCUGCUUUACAUAUAACUGUUACCAGUGGGGAGAGACUGACCUUCAAUCACUGCACUAAGCCAAUGACAUGCAGUACUGGGGUUCAUCAUCUGCCAUUGAGGUCACUGGAGAACCAUUCAAGCCGUUUGAAUGGAUGAAUCCAAAAUCUGUCAUUGGAUCCUUCCCUUCAUUUUAUAAACUGAGUGGACAUAACCUGCCGUUGCUUCCACAUACUUUGACUAACUUAAAAAUAUCCUCCUCAACCAUUACUUGUUUUAUUAGUCAAUGUCUGGAUACCAAAACAACUGAUAGUUAUUACUAUCAGAAAGGCUACAGAAUGUGACUGCAUGUCAACUUGAAAAAUUAUAUUCUUAAUAUUGGAGAAGGUACCCAUAAGCCAUAGCUACCCAAGAUAUUCAUGGAAAGAAGUAUAAGAUUACGCAUUGGAUGAGGACAUCACCUCUCUACUGUAGUCACCACAGGAUCCCUUGCUGUACCUCAUGCCUGUAAUGUUUGCUGCUUCUAUAUUUUUGGUAUUUUAGUGACAUUUGUGCAUCUCAUAACAAUGGUGUAAAUAGUAGAAAUAUUUAUUGAGAGUGUUAUACUUUUUUAAGUUAUAUUUAAUGUCCAUGUAAGUUAUUUUUUACAUUGUUCUUAUAAACAAAAACAUUAUUGGUUGUGAGUCAAAAUUGUCAUUUUGUCUCUGUCAUCAUGCUCUGUUGUGAUCAUUGCUUUCAAGCAUUGAUCAGACAUACAGGCCCACAACCACACAAGAACUUGUCUCAUUGGUCAUUAAGUGUAGAUGGACACUGCUUGCAUCCAAUGAGGAUUCACCACAUGUUCAAAUGUUACUGAGUGCAGUGUAUCUUUUUCUUUCCUUUUAAAACCAGAAUGUAAAGUUUAUUUUUUUUCUUUAUUUGCUUAUUUUUUUAAAUGCACACAUUAACCAUACGUACUAGGAGUUGUGAAAAGAGAACCAAGUAUAUAAUCGUCAAAUACAUGAAUCCAUAAUAUAGAAAAUUAUGUUUCAAGAGACCAGUGUAAGGCACAAAGAAUAUUUGUACACAGCCAGCCGAGGACAGGAGAAGUGGCAAAGAGAGGGAUCAUAAAUGAAGGGAAAGAAGGACUGUAGGUCAGAAGGCAGCCCAUGGUGCCCCAAAUAGACUGUUCUUGGAUAGCGGAAAAGUAGAAGGUGGGCAGAGAGAGAGAGGUAGGGAUGGGUGGGCUGCUUUUCCUGGCCUGUCUAGCUAUUUGUCCAGGUGUGAAAAUGUGUACUCACAGUGGCUGCCCCUGGGCCAGGGGUGGCCAGCGCUGACUGGCAACAAGCCGAGGCCAAUGAGUCAGAGUUUCUCCUGGGGGUGGCAGCCAUCCCUUUCUGGGACUCCCACCGCCCCCUCCCUCACUCCUCCUCGACACACUGCCUCAUCUGUCACUGUCAGGUAUGCCUUCACAGGGCUGCCAGGGUUAAGCUGGCCCUGUGAAAAUGAGAGAGGGUGUUUGCCCAGCUUACAGAGCCUUUUGAAGUUAGGCUGAAGGAGCACAGUUCUCCUCACCUAGAGCCUAUGCUUAUCACAUAAUAUGAUGUGUAUAGCAGUCUUUUUUGACAGGCUUUGAUACCUCUCCACAUUUUCCAUCAACAGUCGCUCCUUUGUUUCUAAUUUAACACCUGGUUGUUGUAUUGCUUGUCUAAAAAUGGCAGAAGCUUUGUAGUGUCUAAGUCAUUACAAAGUGAUGGGGAGUUUAAGAAAUAGUGUCUGAAGCCCUAAUAUGUUUGCUCAUAUCACUGUGGAGAAAAAUACUGAUGUGCCAUCUUGUUGUAAGACAUUCUCUUUGUGUAUUGUAACACAGUACCUCUCACUGGCCUCUGGUUAUAGAAUGGUCCACUUAUGUAUGUUUCCUAAUCCCUCAAUAAAUAAAAAAGGUGACUUGUCCUUUUUUCUAAGUGGGAAGUACAAAAAAAGUGUAUUUACAUAUUAUGUGGAUAUCUAGUGGUAUUACUGCGAUGUUUCGUACCCGAUUGCUCAACAAAUAUAUUUUAAGAUGUAAAUAAUAUUAUAUGAUGAUUGUAUUUGCAAACCAUGUACUAACUGUUUGGGAGUAGCUCUUGGAUUGAUUUGUAUCAUAACUUAUACAAAGAGAUGAACCGUGAAUAUGUUGUGCAUUGUGUCAAAGUAUCACCUGCAAGACAGAAAAAAAGACCUGUGAUGCUUUACCACACCACUCGCUGUCAGCAUUUAUUUGUUAAUAAUGGCUUAGUACAAGCACUGUUGUCAGUUGUCUAAACCAUGAAUUUAUCCAUUGAGUCAUGAAUUAUUUAUUUGUUGUCAAGAUGAAUAAAAUCAUAAUGGUCA